GUGCAACACUUGAAGGCAACACCAACAAGAAUACAAAACAAAUAAAUAUAUACACACACUAGGUAUAUAGGCCAACAACACCAACAACAGCAGUAUAACAAACAUAAUCUAUAGACGCCACCCACACAUGGGCAGAGGAGACGAAGAGCCAUUAUUGAUACAAUGACUAAAAAUAUUCAUAAUUCGGAAAUAAAUGGUAUUCAAAAGGAAGUGCGAUUUCCGUUAAGACAAACAACGCCAAAUGCGCCUCAGCGGUUUCCAUCACAUCAUUAUCAGCAGCAGGAGCAGCAUCGUCAUCAUCACGAUGGAAGGCAACAACAUGGUUAUUGGCAACAACUACAAACUGUAAGAAAUAACGAAUUAUACUAUAAGAGAAAGACAUUGGACCAUUUUCCUAUGAACAAAAUACCAAAUACCGAAUACCACAAGAAUAGAUUUCCUUUAGAAGAAGAACCAAUAGACCAAGAACAUCGAGAGCAGCUGCAUAUGACACCAAAAAUUUCGCAUGUUUACUUUAAUCAGCAACAGUUUUUCUUUCCCCACAACAUUCAACACACUCAAAUGCCAAAAAAUGAUUUAAGUUUUCCAAGUCGAAUCAGCAGCAUGACGAGCAUAAACCAGCAAAAGCAGAGGCAACAGCAACAGCAGCUGGCACCAGCCUCUAUCAGGUCUAAUGAGGUGGUGGUGCACAUGGAAUCUCCAACAAUUAAAUACCAAUUUGUUAACCUACUCAAUAAUCUAUAUGGUAAAUGGGUAAAUGCCAAUGUUGCUGGGCAUGGAAAUCGAAGCAGCCAGCCGACGCCAGCGACGACGCCCACGGAUCUUACGGAUCUGGUGCCCUCACCAAAAACAACGACAACAACAUUGGCAUCGAUGACGGCAUCGACGAGCCAGCACGACGAAAUCACAGAAAUAGACAUGGAUGAGAAGGAGACACAUUGUAGGACGUUUGAUAAUGAACCCAAUGCUCUUGAGCAAAUAAAAACAUUCAACUUGAACGUAAAAGUACAGCAGGAGGAUGAGGAGGAGGAGGAGGAUGAGGAGCAGCGACUGAAGGAGAAGGAAGCGCUAGCCAAAGGUGUUGGCGAGCAAAAAAUGGAAAUUGAGCAUCAACAGGCGGAAAAUUUUAAUGACGCCUUCGGGCGGCAGCAGAGACACGACGAUGAUCAUUGCUACGACUACAGCGUCGACGCCAUGGAUGUGGCCAAAAAUAAACACGAAUUAUACGAGCAAAGCAAAUUAGAGAGAAAUCAGCAAAAGGAAUCUCGAGAUGAGCUAAAUAUGAAUAAGGCGGCGAGUAAAAUUUUAGCAAAUGAAGAGCAUAAUGAAUGGACGCCGCGGGAGUGCCAGCGGCAGCGGGUGGAGUCAAUAUGCUUAGCAAGCAAUAGGGAGCAAACAAUAGAUGAAUAUGGCACUGCUUCCAACCACCAGCUGCUGGCCGUCGAUCUCUCAGACACGCGCGAAACGUCGUCAGAGCAAGUGGAUGAGCAGCAGCAGCAGCUCCGCCAUCACCAUCACCAUCAUCGUCAGCAACAUCAGCAGCAUCAGCACCAGCAAUACCAACCGCACGUCAAAUCUAACGGUUCGAUAGUAACGCGUCCAAAUAUAGAAAUAUUUAAGAGUGCCGUACACGCGUUUCUUGCGGCCGGGGAAUGCGCCUGCUCAUUUCCGUUGGCGCGAAAAGAAUUCGAUCUUGAAUUGAUUGAUUUUUUGAGCGAUAUAAUCGAAGUGCUUUUUUCUUCUGUGGGUGCGUUGGGACAAACUAAACAGGUUGCCACCAGCUGUGAAUGUGCGGACAUGACUGUGAGCAAAGUUAGCGAAGAGCAGGAUAGCGAAGCCGCCGCCAUUGUUGUUGCUGCUGCUGUUGGAGACGUUUAUCCCGAUCAAAUUGAUUCACCUUCGGAGGUGGAAGACAACAACAACAACAACAACAACAUCAGCAGUAACAAAAUCAUCAAAAUCCGCAACGAUAAUCAACAAAUUGACAACAUGAAGUACGAACUGAAGCCCACAGUUGCAACAACAACAACACUGCCACUAGCGAGUAGUAAUCGCCACGCCACCAGUGUUCAUCCAUCCACAUUGGAAGCAUCGCCAACAAGUCGUAUACGCAACAAUUUAGAGACACCAGCAACAGCAGUUCGAUCAACACCACUGCUGCUUGGCGAUCUCAAACGUAGUUCUUCGAGCCGCGAUGAUUUAUCCGAAUCUGUACUACCGGAACGUACACGAUUACGGCGACAACGUCGCAUGCGCAGCCAGGACUCGGUUGAGGAAAAACCCGAGGAUGUGAUUGAGCGUCUAAACAAAUUGAAAGCGCGCAUCUCUGGGGCCCUAAGUGAGGUGAAAGGUGUACUAAAGCAAUAUAGCACCGAAAGCGAAUCAGAGACAACAACUCAGCCAGCCAUAGUCAAAGCAACAGAUACAGCAACGGCCACAUCAUCAUCAGCAGCAGCAUCCGCAGCUCCAGUACCACCAGCAGUAGCAUUUCGUUUUGUUAAAAAAGUGAGGCGGCGCAGUUGUUUUGAUGAGGCGGAGGAGGAGGAGGAGCAAGAAUCAGAAUCAACUCAAAGUGCGCCAACCCAUGAGGAAAAACAGAAGGAGAAGGACAAGGAUGAACAUGAAAAAGAAGAGCAAAAAACAAAGUUAUCAGCUGUAGACACUGUAAAAGUUAAUCGAAAUGAGGAAAAGUUAAAUACAGAACAGAAUUCUGCUGAGAAAUUAAAAGGGUUAGCAGCAGAGAAUGACACCAAUGAAACACAAAAGCAGAGUGAUGUUCCUACCACUUCUGCACCUCCACCAACAACUGCUGUACCAGGACAUGUAUCUCCUACUCCUCCUACAACUGCAACUUCUGUGCAGACGAAAAUUGACUUUUUGAAGAAAGUUCGUAGUGAACUGAAGGGGAAACCGGCAAAUGAAGAAAACAAAACAACUGAAACGCCGACCGCAGCAACGGAGGCGCCGUCAACAACAACAACAACAACGAUGCCAACACCACUGCCUAGUGAAUCCAUCACAUUGGAUUCGACGGUGGCGGAUGUGGCACCAGCGCGAGAAAAGAUUAAGAAGAAAAUCAUUGUGAAGGCAAAGAAUCCGCGACGUGCAUCAAUUGCUGCCGUGGAACCGUCCAAAAUUCAAAUUGAACCAUUGGUAGCACAGACCGAUGCACUUCACACACAAAGACGACCAUCCGAUUCGGAGGCGAUUGUCAAGCGUAAGAAGGAGAAAUUAAUGGGCGCCAGGGCGACACCAACAACAACAAUAUCUUCCGGCAUUGCAAAGGAGACGACAAAUAUUAGGCAGCAGCCAAAACAACAGCAAAAACCGGCGACAACGACGACACCAACAAAUGAACAAUUGUCAACGCCAAAGGUCAAUAAUGCAGAUGCAAUCCCUGCCAAAAUCAAAACCAAAUCGCUUGCCAAAAGCGACAAAGGAGACGAAGCUGCGACCGUAUCAAUACCAGCAAAUACAGGGGUAACCGACAAAUCAACACCAGCAGCAUCCACAACAGAAGGAGGAGGAGGAGGAGCAGCAGCAGCCACCACGCAGCCAGAACAAAUAAAUAUCGACGGUGUGGAUACUAAUCAAGUGCAAACCACCGAUCGAACUAGUCACAAUCAUACUGAGAAAGUAGCUGAACUGGUGAUUGCCGAGCCACCGGUCGUUGUGGUGGUGGUGGUGCCUCUCCCCGCUGGCAGUAGCAACAACGCUGGGGAAGAUACUACAUCGCAUAUAUCGUCGUCGCCUGUAAUUAGUAGCUCAUUAAGCGAGUCCAAAAAACCCAUUAAUCAGUCAGAUGCUUCAUCGUUCGAGGCACCACCAACGCCCGAUCAUCUGGUGGCCAUCGCUGGUGACAUUGAAGACGCCGCCGCCGCCGCCGCCGCCGCCGCCGCCGCCGCCGCCGAGAAGUCAGCGCCGCCACAAAUAGCUGCAACAUUGAGCGAAGUGUCGCACGAAGAGUCAUCGUUACAACAACAGUCGCCGCAGCAGCAGCAACAGCAAUCGGAAUCGGUCGCUGAUACAAAAGAUAAGACACAUACGGAUACCAGCGACAGUCUAGCCGCCAUGCCAGAGCUGAAAGUACUUUCCGGUCCCGUACAGCCGGUGAAGAUUGAAACUGUUGUCGACCAAGCAAACGAUGAGACGAAAAAUGGCAAUCAGCAGCAGAUAUCUGUGACAAAGAAGAAAACUCCCCAUCUGAAGAAGUUGGUGCGAAAAAAUAGCAUUGACAAAGAUAAGGAUAAAGAUAAGGAGAAAGAGAAGGAUGAGCAAACCAAUAACGAUGAUAAGCUGAAAAACAUAUUAAGGAAUAAGAAUAAAAUCACUGAGCUAUCAUCGAGGCUCAACAAACUGACGCCGCCUAAGAAAAUAGCCAAGCCUAGUCAAGAGGGCCAACAACAAGUGGUGACCAUCGUUAAGGAGCAGAAGGAAAAUGGUGAAAGUGAAAUUAAUGCCGAAGUCAUCGAUGAUGACCAACAAACUGGAACAGAGGUGGAGGAUGAGUUGUCACCUCUGACAGAGCCAGAACCCGAGCCAGAGCCCCAGCCUGAGCCAAUUCCAGCGCCUAAGCAACGUAAAAUCAAAAAGAAAGUAAUCAUUAAACGACAAAAACGACGACUCUCCAUUAGCGAUUCCUUCUUCAUACAACCCGAAAUGGAGGAACCCAAAGUGCCAGAAAUUGAAACCAUUGAGAAGGCCAUCGCCUAUGUGACAGACGACGAGGUGGAUAACCAGGAACCAGAUGAGGCAGACACAGCCAAACCAUUAAAAUCCUGCCUGCAUGUGCGUGAAUACAAAAUCGGAGAUCUUGUGCUCUAUGCGGAGCGUUAUCGCAAGACCCAGGUACGCUGGAAACGUGGUCGGGUAUUGGAGCGAAUUACCAGCAUUUCUUAUAAGCUCGAAAUCGAGGGUAAAGAGGUGGCCGCCCACAUAAGCUAUAUCAAGAAGUAUACGGGUCGUAAGGUACGAUUCGGUGGCAAGGAGUAUUUGGAAAUUGACUAUGAACAGGUUGCCGAAGAGGAGCGACGGGCACGAAGUUACAGCAUAUGGAACAUGGUGUAAGUUAAGUCCAAUUCCCUUUCCCCCACCCCCCUCCUGCUCGGGCACCUCCUCCCUUGCCCCUUCCUGCUCCUAUCAACCAUUUGUGAUCGUUAACCCGUUGCACUCUCCUCUAUAUGUGCCAUCAUUUUGAGUGGAAUUAAAGAAAGAAAAAAAUGUUUUUUUUUUUUUUAACGAUCUCAACUCGACAUUCAGCAAUUUAAAUUAUAUGCAUGUAGUGUGUAUCGUUUGUCUAUAUAUCCUAUGUAUAUUUGUAAACUAUUUUACACACACCCACACACACACACAAUAGUUAGUAUA